GUCACGUGACAAGCAAAAUGGCGGCGCCCAAGAAAAGCAUGUCGACUAAAGAAAAAACACAAACAAAUGCCAGAAAAAGACAGUCGGAUGCACCUCAAGAUGUUGACAUUGAUGCAGCCAAGAAGAAAAAGGACGAAUUUACAGUGAUUGACUUUAAAUUUCAUCUAAACGAUCAGAAUACUGUCACAAGUGGUUUGGAAAAGUUUGUUGAGGCAGCACAGAGUUGGCUUGAUGGAUCGGGAGAUGAUAUUGUGGCGGCAUUGUGCCGCUCUUCGCCUGAGUGUGAGGAAGUCCUCAAACUACUGGAGUCAACUGGGCGGAAAGUUUCAGAGUUCCAGCCAGUGUUUCAAUGCUUGGAGAAGAUUCUUCUUCGAAUAGCAGAUGAUUUGGGCAGGUUUUACUCCACGGCGCAGUGCAUCGUUAGAAAAAUCCUGACCAGUCAUUCCAACCUGCUUCAUAAUAUACUGAACAUCAAAAACAAGUCAGGAUCAAUCAAGAGUGGUUUGAAGCUCCUGGUCUCCAUGGUUAUGCUAGGCAACCAAUCAGCCAAGCUCGUCUUAAACCAUGUUGACCUAGGCCACGCCACUAUGCUGCCGUUGCUAAGGAGACGUGAUACGAAGGACGAUGAAGACGUGAGGACCUGCUUCCAGCACCUGAUAGUGUCCUUUCUCCUGUCUGGAGACAGUGAGACGAUACGGCGAUUGAUCCAAGUGAAAGGUCUUAUGGAGAAUGUAUUUCAAGGAAUUCGCUUUGACAGAAUAUCUUCAAUACAGCUCAUGCUCUCUACUGUACUGGAAAAGGUGGUCGUGAGCCCAGCCAUCAGCAAGACAGCCAAGGUUCACAUCUUCACUGACCGGACACUGAAGGAGCUGGCACUUCUGUUUGCAUGGCAGGGACCUGCAAAGUGGAAAGAAAGUCUGGGCUCAAAGAAGAAAGGCGAAAUGGAUGUCACAGAUAUGAUGCCAUUAGACGGUUCUGAUGAGGCCAGCCAGACGGCAGCAGACACAGCCUCCAUGUUCCUGACAGAGCUCUGCACAUCGUACAAACAUGGCAUCAUCUUCAUGGACAAGACGUAUGGCCUGUCUGGGAGGAAUCAGAACCACCUGAUGACCAGUGUGUUGGCCAGCCUUCACCCACUGUGUGGCCAGACGAUAGUUCAGAGACUGGUCACAGGGAUCCUCACAGCCUGCCCAGACCAGAUCCAGUACUUCCUCCAGCAUAUGGCGCCCACACUGUCACCAAGGGAUACCACAAAGUGGGUCUCCAGCAUGGGCUUUCUAGUGAAGAUUUACAGCGAUCUUCAGAAGGAAAUGACAGUGUUGAAGAUACGAGAUGUCAAAUCACCGGACCAACUUGUGAAGAUUCUAUCGAUCUAUGCCCUGCCUACCCCUCAAGUCUUGGCAACUGUUCUACCAGGCAUCAAGAGCAAGUCUCUGGUGGCAAACUACGACUUGCUAGGCAUGGUGCGUCAAGUCUUGGAGACCACCGUAACCAUAGUGACAGCCCUGGAGCAGACGACAUUGUACUCGCCAGCAGACAGGAAGCAGACGUCGGUCCUGUUGAAGGCCUCUGUGUUAAAGGUCAUGCCUGAGGUGACUUCAAUGUCGGCCUGCUGGGAUAAGGUCGUUGCUAUGGAGAAAUCACCAGACAACAGUGCGACUGACGUGCAGACACUGUUUGAUUACUGUGGUGUAGGCCUGACGGAGAUGCUGGUCCUCAUAGAGCAGGUGUUGUGUGCCUACCAGGACCUCAGUCCCACCCUCAUGGUGGAACACCCAGCCAUUCUGGCUAAACUUCUUGAUGGAGUGUUGACCCGACAGAGUGGGACCGUGUCAGCCAGUGAUGCAGACCACCUGACCAAGGUGUACCUCCUGAAGAUCUUGGCUGGCACAGAUGCCCGUCGUCUGCCUUGGUCAAGAAAAAAUACCUCAGGCCACCCUUUACUUUAUCAACUGCUGGAGAUGGUGACAGCACUAUCUGUAGAUUCAAAACUAUCACAGGCAAUGUUAUCGCUAGUUUGUAAGCUGCUUGAAAGCACUGGUCAGUUUGAUGGUCACAGAGAAGAGCUGUUGCUAUGGUUACGCACACUACAGUCUCACGGCUCGUGUGUCCUUGACCUUGUAACCAAGGUGAUGAUGACCUACAUUCACAACCCGUAUCCAUACAUGGACCUGCUGUGUGACAUACAGAGCAAGGUUGCUAUGGAUACUGAUUUUGCAAAGACGCAACAGGUUAACAUUGAUGAUGUUUUGAAAAUGGAUGAGACAGAGCUGGAUGUAAAUGUGAACACCUCCGGCGGGACAGCCUCUGAUGUCAGGCGAUUUGCCUUCUGUCCGUUGGUUCUGGUAGCUGUAGAUGUUGCCAGCAAAGGUGAAAACUUUUCUGAAGGAUCCAAGCAGUAUGUGACAUCAGUCCUCCUACAGACAUUUCACCUUCAAGUGGAUCCACGAGCCUUCUGUCACAUGAUGGCUCAAUGUGGGCACGGAGUGCUUGUGGAAGGGUUUGCAGACUAUGUGGGCAUGUGGACCAAAAAGGUCUCUACAACGGUUGAUGCAAACGGAAAUAACAUUGUCCAAUUGAUGGCGGAUGAAUUGGUUUCCAAGGGAAACCUGUCUCUACCUGGCAACAGUCUGAAAUCUGAUAUUUCUAGGGACCUCCUGCAUUUGUGGUUCAUUGCUCAGAAUCUCUCAAAGAAAGCAGAGAAGCAGUCUUGCAAAUGGGUUGAGUCCUGCACUGCUUCCAUUUUGGCCAAGAUUGAAACUGCUCUAAAAACGGCCUUCAUUGAUAACGUAGAAUGUCAUCUACCCAUGGAAAGCAUCUUUCAACCACUGGAAACACCGAAAGAUUCUCUGAGUUCCUGUAUCAGACUUGUUCUCAAUCAUCCGGCUAUAAAGCAGCAUUUUCUUACAAAUACAUCAGAAAGUGGGAACCAGUCUAGAAAAAUGUCAAAGGUCAUUUCAAAGUUUGUGUGUGAUUUACUGACAAUUGCAUCACCAUGUGGUAUUAUUGUGAAGAGCGAUAUUGGUUAUUAUUUUCAAAAAACUGAGAACAUGCUUGAAUCUAGUGGCAGAAGUGAUAUUAUGGGUAUCUUAGUGGAUAUUUUGCAGGUUUUGUGUCAGUCUCUUGCGGGCGAAGAUUGUGUCAAAGUUGUGAAUCUUUUGCUAGGCAACAUUGGAAUGGAAGUCGGACAAUUUUCUAAAGAAACAUUCCUUGCAUUCAAGAAUUUGGUAUGUCAGAUUUUGAAAAAAAUCAUGCAGUCGGGGUUAAAAGUUGUAAAAUUGAAAGAGGCAGCCUUCAAUACGCUGAUUGAGGUGUUUCUUGUGUUUGAAAAAGAUUAUCUUGUGGUGCUGUCAGAGUUGAUUGAAAACUUCCCGCUACUGAGCGUGCUUUGUGAUGUCAACAUCGUGAACAUGUUAUUAUCAGUCGAGGCUGAGAAGAAGAUGGAAUGUUUAAAGCUGCUUCAGUUGAUGAUGUCACACAAUGUGACCUUGACCUUGGCUGUGUUGAAAAUGGCCGCCAAGGGCAAAAAAGUGAUGGAUGCAAGGUCAAAUCUUGAGCUUGUGAGGACUUGCUUGAGUCUUGCAAAGGAUAGUCCUUCAAUGAAAGACAUCUAUGACAAGGCAGCUCGAAAGCUGAUGAAAAUAUUGAAAACCGAUUUCCUACAACUCUGUGAAAUUGAACAAGUUGAAAAUUCUGAUGUUCUUUUGCAUAUUUUCACAAUGUUACACAAACGUGUUGUCACAGGUUCAAAAUUGGUUGCAAGCAUGUUUGAAAAGCUGACUGAAUUGUUCCGGACUGGACAGGAAGUGCAAACCCAUCACAUUGACCUACUCCCACUCCUUAGCAACCAAUCUUGGUUACUAAGCAACCAGCCGGAGACACCUGGUAACCAGGACGUAUCUGUGAACGGAAAUGAGGCUGAGUGUGUGGAGAUUGCUCAGCAGUGUGUGAAGUGUCUCACACAUGAACUAGGAAGGAAAAGGAGUGUGACUGGGGUCUCUGAAAAGCUGUUGAAUAUUUUGACAAAGUUUAAUAUUGACACAUUUGCGAGCUGGAUUUCUACCAUGCCCAACUGUGAUCAAACAUGGUGCAACCUGCUCAAGUUCAUGCUAAGGGAUUUGUACAACCACAAAGAAGCCAUGUUGCUGCUGAACAACCUCGUUUCACGAAUGUACCGCUCUGAUGGCCCUUCCUUCACCAUCCCCAUAGCAACUGUGGUUGACAUGGUAACCAGUCACUCCAGCUUUCUUCCGACUAUGUUUGGACAGAAUGGUCUGGAGAGCAAAGAAAUGCUGAUUGACCUGCUGACCACAGUGAUAGAGCUAUCUCCAUCAUCGUGUCACACUGACCACGUGGGCGUCUACCUGGGGGCGUAUGGAGCCUCUAUGUCACAGACAGAUCAGAAGCUUUUGAAAUUAAUGCAGUUCUAUGAAAAGAAUGAUAUUUCUUUGGCAAUCUUCAAACCAUACGUCUGGGGAGAGAAAGCAAUUGAACUACACGCCUUACGGAAAAAUCUAGGACCGUCCUUAAAGCAGACAAACGUGUCUGAGGUUCUGGCUAUGAUUGACACAAAGCUUAUCCAAAUGUCCAUCUUAAAUUUCCCACUUCGAAGGAAACUGCAGGGCCAAGGUAUAUGCACUGCUGAUCAACUGAAGACAGUUGAGAGUUGCUACGACCCCUGCUUCUUGCUACCCCUGUUCAGUCAUUUUCUUGAACCAGCUAGCAUUGUUGACUGCCGAAAGUUCACCGAGACCGGUUGCCUAGGUUACGCAAUGGCCGCCCUAUCCAGCCACGACGAGGACAUGAGGUGCGCCGCCAUGCAUGUCAUUGACUGUUACCAUGGACACCUGCUGGUUGCUAAGAUACCAGAGAAAGAACAACUGGUCUACUUUGUGGAUCUUCUGCAGAAUAGUUUGCCCAUUGCAAAGACUAAGCUAGCCUCCAUUAUCACGCAGUUUCUGGCUAGAGCUGCUGCCCUCAUGUUGAGACCAGAUGAACACAUGUACAUGGUGAUCAACUCCUUCCUGCUCCUAAAGCCCAGCUUAGACAUCCAGAAUGUUCCAGAAUUCUUCAAACUCUUCAACAGUUCUGCUUUCCAGCACAAGGAGGAGCAAGGUUGGAUCCUGUCCCUGUUGGUGGAUGGUUUACGAGAGACAGCUGAUUACCGCAUCUUCCAGAAGCGAUUCACAUUCAAGCUUGUACAGGGUUUCUAUGACUCCAGUACUGCCGACUACCAGCAACAGCUGCAAGUUCUUCAGUUGUUGAUGGCUGCAUGUAAGGAGCGCAGUGUGGUCAUUGAUCUUCUACAAACACAUGGCUUCCUAGUGUGGCUUGCUGGGGCUAUAAAUAGACUGAACCCUGAAAAGAUACAGCUUGUUACCAUGGUGAUCAAACUGGUUGGUACCCUGUGGACAACGCUGACUGGACCUCCAGAGAACCAGCAACCAGUCUCUGCAGUGAUUUCCACCCAGGUGUGGGUGUGUCUGGAAACACUUCUACGAGCCAUACGGGAUGUAGGGAUGUCUGAGAAACUCACCUUCACCAAGACAUUUAUGUCAGUUUGUAGUCAUCUGACUGAUUCCAAAGGUCACCUGACUAGUUCUUUCCAUGAUGCAACUGAACAUAACAUUGACCAAUCCCAGUGCAAUACAGGUCAUGUGACUGAACAUUCCCAUAAUUCAAAUAAGGUCAACAGUGACCAAUCUCAUAAUGCCACAGGUCAUGUGACCCAGACUGUAUCCAGUUCUGAUAUGAUGCUUUUGCUUUUGUACUGCCAGAAUGAGUGGACACAGUUGAAUAUUUCCACAUCUGGGUUGCAGAAGAUCUUUAAAAUUUUAGAUCUGGACCACAUUGUGUCUAGAAAAGUGGCAGAUGAUGGAAAAAUGAGGUUGCCCCCUGCAGUAGAGAGGAAAACAGAUGAAAAGCUUGCAACUAGUGUGGAGGUAGAUUCUGGGACUACACAUGAUAUAAAUGAUAAUGGUGACGAGCAAAACAUGGAAGAAGGAAUCUCUAAAAAGUCAGCAAGAACAAUUCUUGAGCCUUUGUUAAAAAUUGCAGUUUUUUGGCUGGAACGAACUCGGGCAGAUAAGUCAGGGCAGAAUGCAAAUGAAUUCAGCAGUUAUGCUGAAUGUUUGGUUGAUAUCAUUGUAGUUAAAUGGAUGCUGAAUUCUUUCAUUGAGAAUCAAGAGCUUCAUGUAAGUAUUGUUUCAAAGGCUCUUGAUUGCAUUGAGAAAACCUUUAGCAAUGAAAUUAUAGCCUCGGUCCUUGCAUUACAAAACAAAGAAGCAACUAGCAUCGUAGAGGACAUGUUGACGAUGUAUGCACAACUGCAGAGGCCGGCACAGGAAUUUAUUGAUUCGAUGAAAAAUCAUGAUGAAACAAAAGCUAGACGAAUGGGUAUAUUGGCCUUGAAUAAAGUUUUAAGGAAGAUUUAUUCUGCAAAUAUGGUAAAGAGGUUAAUUAACAUGGCGGAGGUUGUGUCUGAUGAAAUGCAGAGCGUUGAUAUAAGGAGAGCUUUCUUACAGUAGUUUUAGCUCACAUGAGCUUUCAUAAUGACCUUUUUCCGUUGUUUUUCAUGAUUGUAUGUCAUAAACAUCUUCUUACCACCUAGAGGCAUCAUUUAGGUCUAAACUUAAUGAACCUUGGUUGGAAAGUUUGUCCCUAUGAUAUAUUUGCCUGGUUUUUAAAUGAUUCUUUUCAAUUUAAAAACAUGAACGCCAGACAACAUGGCGCAAUUUUUAUUAUAGUUUUAUAUAUACCUUUAGUGAAACCUUGUGAACAAUGUGUUUGUUACAUCUUUUGCUGAAACAUCAUGUUCCUUGCUCAGUCUGUUCUAAAAAUAUCUUGCCCUAGUUUGAAAAUGCUUCCAAUCAAAUCAUCACCACCAGAAGGGUAGGCAGUUGUGAUGUAUUGACACAGGUUGAGAAAUAUUUUGAAAAACGAGGCAGCAAGAGUAUGAGGCAUUUUUCCUGAUAUGAAACAGUAAAACACUUUUUUCUCAAAACAGUUAAGUUCAUUGCGUCUCCAGUAAGUGCCUUCUUAGUAUUCACUGCUUGCAUGUUAAUAAUGUUGUAUGUACUGCGCAAUUUUAAUUUUCUUUAAGCGAAAUUUAGUUAAUGAUUAUAUUUUGCAGUCAGACCAUUUAUUUAGUGUUUUGUAGAAGUUAUUGAAGAUUAAAAUAAAAACUUCUUUGUUAUUUGUUUAACAUCUAUUACUGUAAUUGACAAUAUUGCUUUUAACAUAAAUGAGAAAACAUAAUCUUAAAAUGCACUAAUGUACUGGAAAAAUAUCAUUUAAAAGCGAUAUUUGGCUUCCAUGAUAUCUGAACUGGUGAAUACACAUUUAGCUUCUGGUUGACAUAUUUUUUAAAAAGUUAGCUUGAUCUUCUACAAAAUAACUAAUAAACAAAACUUUUGAUGAAAAAGUUAUAUAAUACUGUCAUAAUUCUUAUUGUUAUACUUCUAGACUCACGUGAGCUAUCUCAAUAUUGGGAUGGCAAGUCUGGUGUUGUCUAAGUCGUUAACUUGAAAAUUAAAUAAAGUUGAAAUUUCA